AAUUGGAAAGCCUUUUGGUCACUUCAAAUCACACAUCGCUCCCACAACAUCUGGUUCCGCUUCCUACACAAAGCCAUCAACACUCGCUUCUACCUACACCAAAAAUUACCGAAGCUCAUCACUAGCCCUCAAUGCAUUUACUGUCUGUUGUAUACACAGCAUUAUUCAUCCCUUCUUACACUAGUUAUGCCUUAA